CUACAGUGUAUGCGCCCUUUUAAGGUAGCUUAAGGCUUGACUUGUGAACACAAAAAUGAUAAUGCCGCCGCGGCCGGCCCGGCACCAACCUGAAAUGACCAGAGUCUUGGUUCUCAUGAAACACUUUCCCCAACUCUCGUCCAAAUUAUCUUCUAGUCAUAGUCAGCGACAACAUGAAGCCGGUGGCAGAAGUGAUGGCAUCCAAGGCCGAUAACCUCGACACGACUGAGAAGAUGGCGACUCUCGACAGCAAGAUUUCCAGUCUCGACGACUUUGUGGUUGCCGAGCAAUUCAUGGUCGACCCCAAGGCCGAACGAGCGCUGGUUUGGAAAUUCGACUUGCGCCUGCUCCCUGUCCUCGCCAUCAUGUACCUCUUCAACAGCCUCGACAAAUCGAACCUGGGGAAUGCCAAGACUGCUGGACUGGAAAAGUCAUUGGGUCUCGUUGGGGAUCAAUAUAACAUCAUCUUGAGUGUGUUUUUUGUACCCUAUGUUCUCACUGCCCCUAUCCUCGGCAUAUUGGGCAAGAAGUACGGCCCAAGCCGAGUCCUUCCCUGCAUGAUGUUUGUCUUUGGAUGCUGUACCCUGCUGGUAGUGGCGACAAGGAAUUUCGCUGGGAUCAUGACUAUUCGUUGGUUCUUGGGCAUGAGCGAGUCGGCCUUCUUUCCGCUCGUCAUUUACUACCAGACCAUGUUCUAUCGCAGGGGGGAACUCGCCCGCCGACUCGCCAUAUUCUAUGCAGCGCAAAGCAUCGCCUCCGCAUUUGGUGGCCUCCUCGCCUUCGGUGUAUUCCAGAUCAAGGGGGGGUCGCUGGAACCCUGGCGCUACCUCUUCGUCAUCGAAGGCUCCUGCACCAUUCUCUUCUCAGUCUUUGCGUUCUGGUACCUCCCGCGCUCCGCAUCCGAAGCCCGCUUCCUCAACGCCGCCGAGAGGCAGUUGGCAUAUCAUCGCAUGGCCAUCGACUCGUCCUCGGUCGUCAACGAAAAGUUCAACAUCCGCGAAUCCCUCAAGAUAUUCAGACACCCAUCGAGUUGGGUCAUCAUGGCAAUUGAAAUCUGCCUUGGUGUGCCUCUACAAUCCGUCCAGCUGUUCCUACCGCAGAUCGUCCAGAGGCUCGGCUACGGCACGACGAAGACGAACCUGUACACUGUGGCGCCGAACGUGUCGGGCGCUGUCAUGUUGUUGGUCCUGGCCUUUGCAAGCGAUUACACAAGACUGCGCUUCCCGUUCGUGGCGCUCGGCUUUGCCUUCACUUUCACGGGUAUGGUGCUGUAUGCAUGUCUUGACGUGCAGGCUCAGCUCCACGCCGCAUACUUUGCGUCUUUCAUGAUGACCUGGGGAACCAGUGCGCCGAGCGUGCUGCUCGAUGUUCUGUACAACAACAACAUCGCGCACGAGGGUCGGAGGGUCGUCUUGACUAGCAUCGCUGUGCCGGUUGCGAAUUUGAUGGGUGUCGUGAGUAGCAACAUCUUCCAGAAUAAGGAUGCGCCCAAGUACAUCCCAGCGCUGGCGACGACGGCGGCAUUUGGUGGGAUGGGGUUUGUGUUGACUUGUCUGUUUGGGGCGUACAUGAUGUGGGAUAACAAGAGAAGGGAUGCAAGACAGGGUGUCAAGGUGAAAGCGACGGAUAUUUCGACCGAGAAGUUGAGAGACGGUCCUGAUUCACCAGAUUUCAGGUGGUGUCUUUGAGAGCCGCAAUCAUCAUACAUUGACAACCAUGACGACCAUGAGUAGCAGGUCUAGCAUGAAAUUGAAAACAAGUUCUUCCUUCUUCUUUAAACAAG